AGGGAAUAAUUCGACUUUAAAAAUCCGUUGGACAAAGUUUCAAUGAAAUAAAAUAAAGCAAUUACAAAUCGGUUUGCGUAAUCGUAGAGAACUGCUCGUGUUUUUUCUUCUAAAAAGUGUUUCUUUUUUUUAUUCCAGACAUUGAACACUGCAUAUUCUCUGUUCUGUGUUUUACAGAGAAGAGCAAGUUCUACACGUGGCGAAAUGUAAUGAAAAUUUGCAAUUCGAAAACUGUAACAAAUUGUAUUAAACAAUUUAUUGUUUACUUACAUUUUGUUCACAAUUAUUGAUUUGUUAUUAUAAAAACCUUUAAAAACUAAUAUCGGACUAUGGUAUAACACAGAACAUUAAAUUAUAAGCCGAAAGUUUUCAAACAAUAAAUAAGCACCUUUCAACUAAAUAAUCCUACAGUUAGGUCAUAGAUCAAAAAGUUUUUCCCGUAACCGGGAAUUUCCAAAAAGGGAUAAUUAUAGGACCGAAAAACUUUUCUCCAUAAAUCGAACCCUCUGAUUCAACACUGAGUCAAUAGUGCUCGAAAAAUCCCCUCAAAUGGCACGCUUCGGCGAGUACAUUCUAAGUGAACGGUUAACCUUCUGGAUCUGGAAAAUCCUCGGCAUCUGGGCGACCCAGGAUGAAAGUCGGCUGUACCGUGCGUUCCGAUGGAUCUACCACUUUACGUUCACAAUCGUGUACCUGUUUUGCAUCUUUAUAAGUUCGUUCUUCAAGGAAACCAUGGCCGAGCUGUGGUCGGAUGUGAUGUUUAUCCUGCUGACGGAAUUGGCCAUGUUCACCAAGACGGUCAUCACGGUGCGAAAGUUCGAGACAGUGUACCGAUUGCACCGGGAGACCAUCUCCGACGUGUUUAAGCCGAAAAGUGAGUGGGAGUCGCGAGUGCAUGGUGCAUUUUUCAGUCGGUUUAGUACCGCCAUGCUGGGGUACUAUUUGUGUAGUUUCCUAACUCUGUGGGCACAUUUGGGCUUUUUGUUCGAGUACAAAUUUCCCUUCUUCAGCUGGUUCUUCUGGCUGCCGCUGGGACGGGAGAAUCUUACAAAUUAUUACAUUAUUUUUGCGUACCAAAUGUUUGGAAUGUUGGGCCAUUUGUCGCUGAACGUGUCCGGAGACAUCCAACAUGCUUAUUUGCUUGCGACGGCCGGGAUUCAGUUGGAUUUUCUGUACGAAAGGCUCACCAAGCUGCCGAUUCCAACUUUGAAAUCGUCGAUUGAAAAGGAUUAUUACCGGGAAACGCUGAUACAACACAUUGAGCAUUACGAGCGGAUUUACAGAUUCGUGAAGGAAAUUGAGGAUACCUUUUCAAUGGCCAUUUUUGUUCAAAUUUGUGCCAGCGGUGUAACGGUGUGUGCUACCAUACUUCGUCUGUCAACGGUCAACCUAGCGACAGACCUCGGCACCGACGGCGCCCCGAUGGUGUUCUAUCUGGUGGCGAUGCUGACGCAAAUAUUCCUGCCGUGCUACUUUGGCAACGAGGUCACGCUGAAAAGCGUCAAGCUUACGAACGCUCUCUACACCGCGGACUGGCACCGUCUUGCCGGGGUGUCGGACCGGAAAGAAAUGGCCGCACUGAUGCUGCGCACGAACAAACCCAUCGCGCUCAAGGCGGGCCACUUUUUCAACUACAACCUGGAGGCGUUCACUUCGACCCUCAAUUCUGCGUACUCAAUUUAUGCCGUUGUAUCGAAGAAGAAUCGGGAGCUAGCCUAAACCCAAAAAGGACGUUCUUUCAUUCUACCGCAGAGGACAACUUAUCACGUUUGUUUCUUUUCUGAUAUAUAUUUUCCUCUUUCCUGGAACUCGCUCACUUUGCACGCUCCUCGUGUUAUUAUCAUAAUCUGAUUCGUUUCAAAAUCUGUCUCGUUUUCACUUUUUGUUACAUAAUAUCUAUAUUAGUUUAGAUUACCUUAUGAUUUUUUUGUUCUUUUCAAUCUUUUCCUUUGUUAAGUAUAAAUUAUUAAAUUAUAACUUACUAAAUCUUAGAGAAAGCGAUUCGUGUCGCGUUUCCCCCCUUUAGGGUGUGUGUCCUCACGAAAAGCAGCAUAAUCUGUUAGAAUCACACGCAUCCAUUGUACGGAAUCAAACAAUUUCGAAGGAGUUAAAUUCAAAAGGACAUUGUAGCGGCCAUGCAGAUCAACGGGAUCACACGUCUUGGUGGGGCAUAACAACAAAACAGAGAA